AUGUGUAGAUUCGUGUGCAACAUCUGUGUCAUACUAACGACUAUCAUCCUCUUAAUCACAGCCCUUGUGGGCUCUCUCCUUUGGCUCUCCGUGCGGCCAAAUAUGAUUCAUUUCGAUGUCACCGAUGCUAACCUCACCCAAUUUUAUAUCACCCGCGAGAAUCUUGACUAUAGCUUCGCCCUCAAUGUCGCUGUUAGCAACCCCAACAAGAAGGUUAACAUCUGCUACGACUACGUCGAAGCAGUUGCAUUGUUCCAUGAUGUCAGGUUCGGUUUCCAAAUCUUAAAUACCUUCUUCCAACCCCACAAGAGCUCUGCAGUGUGGAACAUUCGCUUCCAAGGUCAGCAAGUGAUGCUUCUCAAUUCUGACCAAAUUUCGGAGGUCAACAGAGAAAAGAGAUUUGGGAUUUACCACAUUGAUGUGGCGUUUUUGCUCAAGGUUAGGCUCCAAACUGGUUGGUUCCUUUCUAAGAAGGUGAAGCCCAAGAUUCUUUGUCAGUUGCACGUUCCUCUCAGUUCACAGAAUGGAACAUCGCAUGCACUUGGAUUUCAGGCCACCAAAUGCAAAUUGGAUUAUGUGAAGAUGUUAUUCCAUUAA